AGAUAGCAUACGGCCGUUCCGAGGUUCAGACGUUUCUUGGCAGUGUCCCAGGACGAGCAAUGGAAGCGACUACCAACUGUUUGCUGUUCGCCGUGAUCGUCGGCGUUGCGUUAUGCCAAAAGCAGACCCAAGAUGACCCUUGCAAGAGUAAGAGUCGAGUCGCUGCAGACGCGACAUACUGCGACCGCUACUGGGAAUGCCAGGACAGCCAGCCGGAACUUUACGACUGUCCCAACGGCCUGGUUUACGCCGGAAAGAACCGAGGUGUUACUGAAGGAUGCGACUACCCCUGGAGAGCCAAUUACUGCGAGGGGAAAACUCAAGCUAACGGGCCUAUCGGGAAGGAACACUGCGGCUGGCUCUACGGCAUCUUCGGACACGAGACGUCUUGCACACGCUACUGGACCUGCUGGAACGGAACUGCGACGGAGCAGCUCUGCAUCGGCGGUUUGCUGUACAACGAAAACACCCACUCGUGCGACUGGCCUGAAAAUGUAGACGGAUGCCAAAAACACCCACUUUGCAAUGAAGAUCCGAAUGGAAACGUUCCUCUUGGAAAAUCGUGCAACAGGUACUGGCAGUGCCAAGGCGGAUACCCUCGUCUCCAGAGGUGCCCAGCUAUGCUUGUAUUCGACAAAAGGACUCUGAGGUGUGUCGUUCCGCCGACCGACGACUGCGAAGUGCCAACGACGGUCGCACCUCCUCCGGAAGAAGCGGACGAAGACGAUCUCCCCAACGUUCCUCAGCCACGUCCUCAGCACCAAUCGUCGCGCCCUCAGCAUUUCCAACAACAACAACAGCAACAACAGCAUCAACAACAGUUCCAACAACAGCCCCAGCAACAACCCCGGCCCCAGCGACCCCAGCAGUUCCAACAGAGACAGGACUUUCAGCCACAGCAGAACUACCAGCAGGCGCAGCAACGCUCCGACGACCUCCCGCCCCAGAUUAACAUCCCUCCUGGCGCCAUCCCUCUCAACAGGAACAGACCAAGGAAUUAGACUUGUACCUUUCCGCUAGCGUGCCAAGAAACCACCAUCCUACCGCACCUCGAACCACACGGGGGUUAGACGCAAUGUGUUUUCGAGAACACAGUUCGAAACAAGACUUUGUAUAUUUAAUUAUUAUAUUGUAUAAUAAGAUAAACUACAAAUAUGAUUGAUUUCUGUAACUUUGUAAAUAUAUUUUUUUUUCUUUGCAGUGA